AGGCAAAACAGAGUCCCAAUCUCACAAAGCUAUGCAAUCAAAAAUCAAUUAUUUCUUCAAGCCCUCGUCUCCUUCUCCCAUCGCCACCUCAGUAACACCAGACACCACAGACGAUAGCUUAGCCGCCUGGGAGAACAAUCGGAACGUCAUCGUCAACACCUACCAGCGUCGAUCUCCCAAAGCCGUUAGAAGUGAAGUGCUUAAGGAACCCAUCGGAGAGAGACCGAGGAAAGGACCUAAGACACUGAACAAGAAGAAGCGUAGCUGCUAUACUCAGUUCCACUUAGAACUGGGCCAAUCUGACUUUCUUUUCAGACAUUGCGUAGAGUGUGGAGCUACGUAUGCUCCUGGAGAUGAGUUAGAUGAGAAGUCCCAUCAAAGCUUUCACAAGGACUAUACGAACGGAAUCCCUUUUAAGGGUUGGCAGAACGAGAGAGCCUUCACGUCGCCUUCUUUGGGCAAGAACCGUAUUGUUGUGGUGUUGGAAAAUGAUUCUCCUGCCCAUAGAAACAAGGUGCAAGAGGUGGUGAAGAUGAUGGAGGUUGAGCUAGGUGAGGAUUGGAUUCUUCACAGAUAUUGUAAGGUUUAUCUACUCGUUUCCUCUCAGAGGAUCUCUGGAUGUCUAGUUGCAGAACCAAUCAAGGAAGCAUUUAAGAUCAUAUCUCGUCUUGAUGAUGGAAGACAGUUAAAGAAAGAGAGCUCCUCGCCUUCAACCACCAUUCAUUUCGGAAACAUUGUGUUGCAAAGACAAGUAUCUAAAAGAUGUCGAGAAUCAGAUGAUAGAUUAGAUAACGGAGCCACUGCAUGUGAAGAAGAAGCUAAACCGGCUUUUUGUGGAGUUCGAGCUAUUUGGGUCUCACCUUCCAACAGGAGAAAAGGCUUAGCUACGCAGUUGCUCGACACUGCGAGGGAAAGCUUCAGCAGUGGAUGCAUUUUGGAGAAAUCUCAGUUAGCAUUCUCACAACCAAGCUCUUUGGGAAGAGCUUUUGGAUGUAAUUAUUUUGGAACAUCAUCUUUCUUAGUUUACAUAGCUCAACUAUCUUUACCAGGCCCAGUACUGUAGACAGGCCCAUUGAAAAGUAAAUUUCAAUUUUUUUUCUUAGUGAUAAUUUUUAAAAGAUGCCAAUACAGACAAGAUCUCUGACAAA